GUCCUUCUUACUUUCCGUAGUGAGGGAAUCCAUGAACGCACGCUCCGGUAAAACCAAACACGGUUUCAGUCCCGGGAGAUACUUUUCAGGCGAUUGCUAUCUAUCAAGCUUCGUGAAUUUGUCCCUAAAUUGCUUCUCAGAUAUCUUCAACAUAUACCUAGACAUCUCUAAGCAGCAUGGACAGCGAGUGCCUGGUGUUGUUGCCUCGGGUGUGCGCUGUACUAGCGGACCCCAGACAGUCCCUACCAGACGACACCAGCCUCGAGAAACUGCUGGACUGGUUCACUGGUCUCACCAAGGAGGACCAUGGCCUGGCCCUGUUGGAGUCCUGCCCCUGUCUGGUGGACUACAUAUCCACCGCGUGUCUGGACAAAACUACAGAUCCCAGCAUGCUUUCCUUCAGCCUCAAGCUUUCCGGCCUGCUGGCGGCCAGCCAACACGGCUUCAACCUGCUGCAGGAUCGAUCCAUCCUGGGCGUGGCCUACGACAGCGAGCGAUGGCAGAUGGCUGGCCUAUGGGAGGAUCCGAGCGUGCGGAUUGGCUGGAUCCAUGGCCUGAGUAACAUGAUGCGCCACACACAGGCCUUCCACUUCCUGGAUCAGGCUGGCCUGACCAAACCCCUCCUCCAGCUACAGACUGACCCCAGCCUAUUCGUCGCCUCGGCCGCAAAUCACCUCCUGGCCCGCCUCCUAACCUUCCACCAGCCAGCUACAACCUCACACACAACCCAGGGGAAUGGCCUCACUGUUCCACCCAAUAAGGAAGAGGUAGAAUUGGACGUAACCAUGGAGACAAGUCCAGGAAGCGGGUGUUCCAUCACCAUGGAGAUCUUGAAGCACCUGGAGAGCUCUCUGGAGUCAGACAGCCACACCCAGGUGCUCCAGGGGCUGAGGCUGCUGGCCCUGACUCUCCCCGAGCUGGAGGCUCCUCUCCGGGGCUCGGUGAUCAGGCGAGUCCUGGGGCCUCUGGAGGGGUUGGUCCGAGAAGGCCGCACAGCAGUCGCGCAGCCUCUAAUGGACGUCCUGCUGGCUACAUACAGGUCCGGUCCGUGUGACUCCAGACUCGUCUCUCUGAUGGCGUCCAUGUUGAACUCCCAGAAUCCCUCUGACGCUGCUCUGUGUGCCGCCGCCACCCUCCAUCCGGAGACCUGUCCUCCAGGCCUCAGACAGAAGAUCGUAGCUGUUCUGCUGGGACCUCUACAGAUGGUUACUGGAGUAACACUGCUCGACUGGCCCAAUGACAGACACACUGAUCAACAGACUGACCACAGACACACUGAUCAACAGACUGACCACAGACACACUGAUCAACAGACUGACCACAGACACACUGAUCAACAGACUGACCACAGACACACUGAUCAACAGACUGACCACAGACACACUGAUCAACAGACUGACCUCAGACACACUGAUCAACAGACUGACCACAGACACACUGAUCAACAGACUGACCUCAGACACACUGAUCAACAGACUGACCUCAGACACACUGAUCAACAGACUGACCACAGACACACUGAUCAACAGACUGACCACAGACACACCGAUCAACAGACUGACCUCAGACACACUGAUGAAGACCACAGACACACUGAUGAAGACCACAGACACACUGAUGAAGACCACAGACACACUGAUCAACAGACUGACCACAGGCACAUUGAUCACAGGCACAUUGAUCAACAGACUGACCACAGACACACUGAUGAAGACCACAGACACACUGAUGAAGACCACAGACACACUGAUGAAGACCACAGACAGACUGACACUGACCAGGACAGACAGACGGAGGGUCGUAGCUCUCUCUCUCUCCUGCUGGAUCAUCUCAAUCACAAACCCUCCUGUGUCUCGCUGCUCUGCGUCUCCAUGUUUGUGGACAGCCUAGUGGUUAGAGCGGUGGACUAG